GCCCGCGCCCUCUUCCCGCGCUCCCGGGCACCCCAACCGCCUCCGCUCCCGCACCUCCCCUCCCCCCAUUCAGCCGUUUACAGCGAGGCGAGGCGGCUGCAGGUGGGCGAGGGGCCCGGGAGAGCGGCGGUGCGGCCAGAGCCAGAUAAUCUGGAGUCGGCUCUACCUCUCCCGUUAUAUUGCUUUCGAAUAUUGCUCAUCAUCAGAAAGUGACUAGGCUUAGAUUACACACCACCCAAAGUGCUCAUCUGACAACAGGUUGCUCUAUUCUCCAGCAGAGGUGCAGAAAUGCCAUCAGAGACUUCUGCUCCUCCUCCAGACCCCCUUCCUCCAGAUGGAGGUUGGGGUUGGGUAGUAGUUUGUGCUUCAUUCAUCUCCAUUGGAUUUUCAUAUGCCUUCCCCAAAGCUGUGACGGUAUUUUUUAAAGAUAUACAGGAAAUAUUCCACGCUGGCUACAGUGAAAUUGCAUGGAUAUCAUCCAUCAUGCUGGCUGUCAUGUAUGCAGGAGGUCCUGUCAGUAGUAUCUUGGUGAACAACUAUGGCAGCCGGCCUGUGGUGAUAACUGGAGGGUUGCUAUGCUGUACCGGAAUGAUCUUGGCUUCCUUCAGUAACAGUGUGAUACAACUUUACCUCACAAUUGGCUUAAUUGGAGGUAUAGGAUUAGCAUUCAACCUGCAACCAGCCUUAACAAUACUCGGAAAAUACUUCUACAGGAAACGGCCCAUGGCAAGCGGCUUGGCCAUGGCUGGAAGUCCUGUUUUCUUAAGCUUGUUGGCUCCCUUCAAUCAGUACCUAUUUAACUGUUACGGCUGGAGGGGGAGCUUCUUGAUUUUGGGAAGCAUAUUUUUGCACUCCUGUGUGGCUGGGUGCCUCAUGAGACCUGUCCAGCAAAGUACACAUCAGUCCAAGUCUAAAAGUAAGGUUGGUCCAAGACAUGUUGAAACUAUGAAGAAAGUCAAUAAGGAAUCGACAGCAGAAAAAAUUAAUAAACUUUUAGAUUUCAGCCUUUUUAAGCACAGAGGAUUUUUGAUCUACCUAUCUGGAAAUGUCAUUAUGUUUCUAGGGUUUUUUGCCCCUAUUAUAUUCUUGGCUCCAUAUGCUAAAGACAAAGGAGUGGAUGAAUAUAACUCAGCUUUGUUGCUGUCUGUGAUGGCUUUUGUGGAUAUGUUUGCUAGACCUUGUGGAGGAUUAAUAGCCAACUCCAAGUUCAUCCGUCCACGCAUUCAGUACUUCUUCAGCUUUGCAGUUAUAUUCACUGGCGUAUGCCAUCUCCUCUGCCCCCUGGCAGAUACCUACCCGGCAUUGGUACUCUACUCUGUAGUCUUUGGUUUGGGAUUUGGAAGUGUUAGCAGUGUCCUCUUUGAAACUCUCAUGGACCUUGUUGGACCUGUCAGGUUUUCCAGUGCCGUGGGACUUGUCACCAUUGUGGAGUGUUGCCCCGUUCUUCUCGGCCCUCCUAUAGCUGGUAAAUUGGUUGAUAAAACUAAAGACUAUAAAUUUAUGUACAUGGCCAGUGGGGCAAUUGUGGUGAUAUCAGGCAUUUGGCUGUUCAUCGGCAACGCUAUUAACUAUAGACUCCUUGCCAAGGAAAGGAAGAGAGAGAGAGCACGGAAGAAGAAAUCAGCCACCCAUUUGCACAGAGAAUCGGAAGCUUUGAACAGAUCCAAACAGGAUGAUGUUACUGUCGAAUUUUCAAGUGCACACAGUCCUCCGUCAAACAGAGAAAGCAAUAUGUAACAUGUCUCAUCUCAAAUCAGUGUUUAUGAAUUCGCUUAUGAGUUUCUUUGUGUUUUUCAAAGUGUUGGAAAGGAUUUUAGGUAAAACAAAUGAUCACAAACAACAAUGAAACUAAGAUUUGGAGGUGAUGUAUACAGAAAAUCGAUGCAGAGGCUUAUUUGCAAACUUGACUUGGGAUGUUGUGAUGAGAAAGAAGAAUUUUUAAAUCUUUCACUGACUUUUAUUUGUAGAAUGAAAUCUGCAUCCCAGAAGCCUGGCUUACUUAAGCAUAUGUUUAAUUCCAUAAAAUGUCUCUCCUCAAAGUUCCUUUUUAUUUGACAUUGUUAUGAAGUAAAUUGAAGACAAUUAUUUCUCUUUUCACACACAAAGAAUCACAUAGAAUAUAUAUCCACACAAACACUGAGUAUCUGGAGACCAUAAAGAAAUAAAUGAAUUUGAAAGAAAAAGAUUAUUAUAGUCAUUUUUAAGUAAAAGAAAAACUCCAGGAAGACAAUGGGAAUGUGUUUUACUUGUCUGCAGUUUCACAGUGUGGCUUUAAAAUAACAAUAUAUAUUUAAAGGCAAAAUGCUAAAAGCUAAAAAAUUAAGGGAUUGCUAACAUCAGAAAAAAAAGUGUUUGUAAAAUAAGUUUGGCAAAAAAAAAAAAAACUCCUUUUUUACAGUCAUGCUUGAUUAAUCUGCACACACUGGGUUUUUUUUUCUUUUUUUUUUUUUCAAGGGUUGUAAUUAGUCCCUGGUGCUGGAAAAGAGAACAACCCCCACCUCAAGUAACCUGUACAAUUUUACCUAACACAUCAAUUGAAUUAGAAUUUUAGUGAGACUGAACAUCAGCUAAACCCCAUUGAUUUGUAUCUUAGCUCAUAAUAUAAAGCUUAAUUAUGGCUUUAAAAAAAAAAAAAAAACAGGGCUCAAUCCAGAUUCAAUGUUGUGCUGCAAUAACCAAGCCAAAUAACCAAGAAUCCUAGUUGACACCUGCAAGUAGGCAAGAUUCUAUUUUUUUUUUUCCAACCAAAGUAAUGACACAAGCUUAAUCUUCUGAGUAAUUUGCAGGAAUAGAACUGACAAGAGUAGUGGUCAUUAUGGAGCCUACUACAGUCUUCGAAUUCUUCACUAAAACAAGCAAAAGCAAAGUAAAAGAAACCCAGGCCUUGACUUCAGUCCCUGAAGAUGCCUCAUGGUAGAGGGAACACUUGAAAAUUCUGCUCCCUACUGAUUUUGACUGCCUGUUGCCUGAGAACAGAACCAGAACACUGGAGCUUGCUGGGUGGGGAGACACUUGUAAAAAUACAGGUUUGGGGACUUCUAGGAAUAUAGUUUAUGGCACAGUAUUGAUAUCGUGAAGGGUUGUCACUCAGGUUAGUUUGGCAUGUUCUCAUUUUCUUGAGCAAAAGUAACUGGGAUUCAGAAUCAUUCCUAAGACACUUUUGACAGAUCCAUUGAUUUCCUAACCUAUAAAUAUCAACUGAAAUUAAAUAUUUGUAUAUGUCUUGUUUAAUUUUAUGAUGGAUAGAACUUAGUGAUUUCCUAUUGAGUGACACCCCUCUAGCAAUACCCUCCUCUUUUCUUUGCAGCAGAGGGUGGGUGCUAUUCUUAUUCCUUAGGAGACUUUGCCUAGACACUGCACUUUCAUGACAUCAGCAUUAGAGGUUUGAGUUUGUCCUAAAUUUAAUCCACUGCUUUAAAUGUGGUUCACAGGUUCAUAUUUUCAGAUUUGCUUUUUCUUCAUUUAACAUUUGCCUUUUUAAAGAUAUUUAUGAUUUUCAAUCAUUUAAUAAAAACAGGAUGUGCCAAUAUCUUAAGGAAAUGAAUAAGGACAAUAUGUGACACCAUACAGCAUACAAUGUCCUUCAUUUUUUUUUGCAGUGCCCUUUUCUUUAACUUGGUUCCACCCAAUCUUGAGUCAGCUUUUUUUGUGUGUUAUUCCUUUUAUAUCCACUUCUGUUAUUAAAAAAAAACACCAUUCUAGUCAAUCAUAAACAGUUCCAAAAAGAAUGCCUUGCACUCUUUGAAAAUAUCUUUUUAAACUAAUAUACAUGUCAGACAGCAGAAGAGGAACAGUAAGGCAGUGACCGUAGGAUUUGUAGUCACACCUGUGUGCUGUGACACCUGCAUGCAGAGAUGCUGUGUGGGGGGGGGUGCCUUCCUUUCUCCUUGGAAAGAGGUUUAAUUAUGUCAAUUGCUGAUGAAUCAAACCAAAGCCAAGUUGCAUUUCCUUUGCUGCUUCUCAGUUGCCUUAAUUCACUUCCGAUGGUUAUUGCAUUGAUCUUUAAGGGUGUGGAAGAAUCUCAAAGCACAGGACCUGGUGUGCAGAGUCAUGUCAGAAACAUGACAUUCUAAGUAGGAAUGUCUGUAACACACAUGUUCUAAGUUAAAGCCAUAACUUGCUUGAAUCAAUAAGAGAACUGUAACAGAAAUGAAUCUACUUAUUUGCUCUUCCCGGUCCAACUGCAUUUGUUGACAUACUUGUUCUUUCAAUUAUAUCUUUCAAAGACUGAGCAAAGGCUGUUGGCCUAAAGCUUCUGUUCCUAUCUAAUCACAUAGGACAGGAGGAAUGUAGCUAGCAUGCUCAUCUGCAACUUUAGUGCUGAAUACAUUCCUGUCACAGAGGAAUACCAGAUUUUAGAUGUUCAAGAUAAGAAACUAAACUGAUAUCAUUGAAAUGCCCACAAAGUUCUAAUUAUUACUCAAAAGAAACUAGAGUACUCUUAAUUUCCAGUUACUAGCUAGCUUAUAUAUUUGCCAUUUCUUAGUUAAACAUCCCUUAUCUUUUGCUAUUUAACCUUAACUAUUUUUCAGCAUCCAUAGAAAGAAAAAUAGGUCUGGACUUACUCUUACCUAGUCUUCUUUCUAUGUCCUUUUUGAAGAGGCAGUGAGAGGCAGUAAUAUGUAUCAUAUUGAAGACAUGACAUUUUCUCAGUAUAAAUUCACAUGACUCAUAGAAUUCCCCUUUUCUUUCUGUCUUCCAAGCACCUGCACUCUAGUGGCCACACUCCACCUGAACAGCAAAAAAGAAAUGAAACAGUUUGAUUUGGUAUGCUCAAAAGUAUUCUAUAAGGGUGUAAUUGUCUACUCACUUGCUUCUAGCCCUACAACAUGACAAUCUAGAACCCAGAAAAGUAUAAAUAAAAUUUUAUAUAGAUGUUAUAAUUAGUUGAAAUUACAUUGUUCCAAAAAUGCCUUACAAAGAAAAAACUCAUAUAUACGCUAUUUCCAACCUUUAGUAGAAUAAAUUAUUCUAAAUGUCUGGUUCAGUGUAAUGGGAGAAUACAAGGUGAAGGAGGGAAGAAAUCCAUGAUAUGCAUUUUGCCUACACAGUGCCUCUUAAUAUUAAAGCCAAAGCCAUACUAGGAGUCAGUACUUUGAUAUAAUAGAGUCUCUCUCUCUCUCUCUCUCUCUCUCUCUCUCUCUCUCUCUCUCUCUGUGUGUGUGUGUGUGUGUGUGUGUGUGUGUGUGUGUGAGAGAGAGAGAGAGAGAGAGAGAGAGAGAGAGAGAGAGAGAGAGAGAGAGAGAGAGAGAGAGCGCGAGCUCAGGAAAUUUCCCUAGAGUUAAAAAUAGUAUAUUGCCCAACCAAAAUUUAUGGGUUUAUCUAAAAGCAGAAAGUUCUUAGAGAAUUCACUCAAUUUCUGCACACAACUGAUAGUGUCAAAAGCAAGUAAAAAGACAUGCAAAAGAGUAAACUUUAUAUGGGAAAUGAGACUUAACUGCAGUCUAUAUUAUAAUUUAUUAUUUGCUCAUUGGACACUGAAUUUUCUUUAUGCAAAAUAUAAUUUCAAAUUGCCUGUUUCUCUCAUCAGUUCAAAUUAUCUCAAUUAAUGAUUAUAUAUAACAGCUGAGAGUGCUUCAUUAAGUCCUUUUCUCAUAUAAAUGAUGGUAUGUUUAUAUGACUCAGGUGUAAUGUAUUUUCCCUGAAGUUGGAGUAAAGGAAGUUCUUUAGUACACAUAAGCUAUUCCUAUACUUGUUCCUACCUAUGAUAUAAACUGUAAACAUUACUUACUAUAGAACAUGAUAAUUUGAAUUUUAGUGACUACCCCAUUUAUAGGAUUACCCCAGGAACCAAGAAAUAUUUAUGUGAUUAAUAAGAUUAAAGUAAUUUAUUUCAUUAAUAUAGUAUCUACUUAUUUUCAUUAUUUGACAAAACAGAUCCCUAAUAGUUUUCAAGUUCCUCUGAGCAUGCUCCUUGUUCUCUCAUCUCGCGGAGAACACAACUAUUACUGCCUUUGUCAUCUUCUUCUUGCUAGACAUUUGAAGAGCUAAUGGAUCCCACCUUGUUUGAGGAGCUAGGUCUCCACGCACUUUUCCUUAUGAUGGUGUCAUCUGUGCACGAUGCCAUCUGUGGUGCAGAGGGUCUUGCUCAUUUGUGAUUUGCAAGAAUAGCCUCCCUGAAGCUGUAUAUACUUCAUGGAAGAAUGGCACAUGUUCACAAAUAGGAAAAACCUCCUUAGUCUAGGCUUGAAUAUUCUGAGAUUGGAAAGGUGUUUGCGGUUCAGAAGUUGUAAGUGUGGCUUUUUCUUUAUGUCAGAUAACUUCAUAAUUGAGUCUAGUUUGGCAGAACCUAGCAAAACAAAUCAUUCUCUCCUGGGCACUUGCCAUCUGGAAUUUUCCCAGUAUUUCUGGAAGUGCCUGGUACCUUCAAGAACUGGAAUUAGCAGUGCUGUGCACUGUUAAUCAAUCCAGCGUUGCCCGGGUGCACACACUCCACAGCUAUUUGCAGUAAGGUCACUCAGAUGUUUUUUAAGUCUCCACAUUUAAUCCUACCACUUCUACAGAUCUGAAUUCCAUGGGCCCAUAUACUUCCACAUUUGAGUACACAGGCUAAAGUUAAGAGACCUGCAUGCCAGAAACUCUUAUGUCAUAAAAACACCCUUAAAUGAACAGUGUACUGAGACCACCAUGUUUACCAUUCAGAUUUAGCCUUCUUUGCUUCAAGUGUUCAUACUCAGUAGACUUUGCCUCUACACAUUAGUAUUAUUGUAAAUUUAGACGUCAUCUCCAUGUUCUCUUUGCUUUGAUGCCUUGAUGAACAGAGCUUGAAAAUUUAUGAUAAUGUGUAUUAUGGAUGACGUUCUUGCAAGUCUCCCGUUGAGCAAAGUUAACAUUGACAUUGGACAAAAUCACCCCUAUUCCAGUCCCAGGUGCUUUGUUGUCCUUAACACUCCUGUCUCUACCUUUAUUUCUUGUUUUUGAAUUCAUUUCCUUUUUCUGUAAUGUUUGAAUGAAAGUCUUUAAGAUUUUUGUCCUCCCCUGCUGCACAUUUUCCACAUGGAUUAUUUCCUUGCUGGUGGUUUGAUGACACUGUCAUUGUUCUCAUGGUCUUUUGUUUUUGAGUCUUCAUAGACAACCUGUUAAUUAGGUAAGCAGCAUUCAGCAGUAAUGGAGAAGGCUAGUAUAUGCUGAAUUUAUGAACAUAACAGUGACUAAUUUUUCUUUACACGAUAAAGCCAGCUUUUGUUUCUUUGGUUUUAAUUUGAAUGGCAAAAUAAGCUAUGAAAGAAAAUGAGCUUUAUGUGCAAAACAGGCACUGAACGGAUGACGACUAGGGUGUGGGUAGCGUGGUGUUCAGAAACAUUUUAUCUCCCUAAGUUCAGCAUGGAAUUUCAAAACGGCGGUGAUGUUCACUCUGUAGUUGUUUGUAGUUUCAUUUUUACUUUGUAUAUGCAAGUAAUAAUGCUUUUGAUGAACCCAUUUUAUACAAAACAUGUUUAAUGAAAUAGACUGCAGGUUUCAAUGGGAUUUGUUUUUCUACCACCAACAUAGUAUUGAUUGAAGGCUGAGCAAUUCUGGACUUCAUGAGAUUGGACCUGCCAAUUGAAAUGCUGGUUUUGGAACAUUCGAUGCAAUUGUAUCUUGAUGUGUAAUGCAUUUUCGCGCAACAUAUACAGAUAUCAAAUUUCAUGUUUAAAUAAUUGAUUGCACCAUCUCAAUCAUACUUUGCAAAGUCAUGUUUGUAAAUUUAAUUUGAAGAAUACCUACUGAUUGCCACACUAGAGAGUUCUGGAUUUGUCGUAGACAGUAACUAAUACGCUGCUGAAUUUUACACAGUAUAUGAUAUUACGGUAAUAUCAAAGCCAUUCUAGAGAUACCAGUAUUAUAUUAAUAGACAUUUAUCAGUGUUCCUUUAAUUGCCCUUUUUGCCUAUGCAUAGACCUUAUUUCAAAAGAACAUUCAAUUGUUUCCUACAAAUUGUCAUCACUUAAAUAAUUAAGGACAUGACUCAUGCACUGGUUUAAGAAUCUGAAACUGUGUUAGGGAAAGUACUAGACUGAGUUCUAUCAGACAAAACUAGACACUUAACAGGUGUCUCAAACAAUGUAACUAAAGCUUCAAUGUCAGAGAAUGCCCUUUACCCUGUUUUGCCUGGAUAGACAGCAUUUCUAGGCUUUUCCUUUAUUCAUACCUCUCCAGAAAUCAACAAUAAACACCAAAAAAAAAAUCACCCAUAAUGAGAUAAAUCUCAGGAAGAAGCAUGGUAACUGCUUGGAAUUCAUUUUGGCGAAGUACAAAAGCAGCAUUCUGCAUUAGACAGGUGUUUGUUUAAGUCACUGGGGACAUCAACUGUAGGAUCCACUGUUAGUGAAGGUGUUCAGAAACUGACAUGGCUCAGCAGACUUGUGGGCAUGUGAAAGACCUUUGUACCUCCACAGGCAGCUGUGGGUGGGUUAUACUCAGCCAGACUGAUGCUGUGUAACCAUCCGACAUCAGUGCGACAGGAACAGCCUCAAGAGUGGCGGCAUUACCUAUCCUGGUCGUGAUAAAGUCAAUAGCAUACUUUAGUCUGCAGUGUCAUACAGUAAUCUCUAUGCUGAAGGUGAAAGGGCAAGAUCUUCCCAAAUAUUAAAAUUUUCACUUGAUUUGAAGAGGUUUUAUUAUAAUGUAUUAAUGAAUUAUUUUCUAGGUUGAAAAAUUCUCCACUUGUGAAAGAAAUUUUGAAAAAUGGUUACAACUUCCAUGCUUUGGCUAAAUAUUUUUUUCAUUUAAUGUUUUAAAUUUGAAUUAAGAUUUGGGGGAAGAGCUCUAGACAUAAUACCUUGCCAUUAAUAGGACAUGUAAGAUAUACUUUACCUCAUCUACUUUAUGAAAAAAUUGAAGUGAAUGGGCUUCAGAGUUAAUCUAUAAAAUUAUUUUCAUUAUAAAUUAUGCCUUAAGCUCUACUUCUAAGAUUUCCAAGUGCAACAUAAUGUGUUUUGUUCUCUCUGCAUCUUGGUAACCACUGAGCAAUCCAUCACAUGGUCACAUAAAUAUGGGUAUUCCCUAUGACUGUGAAGUAAAGAUUAAGGGAGACUUGCUUGACACCUAAGAGGAUCCAGUCACUUGUUUAUACAGGAUCUAAGUCAUGGCUGCACCUGCCUCACCGCACGCCUUUAAUCCCAGCACUCGGGAGGCAGAGGCAGGCGGAUCUCUGUGAGUUCGAGACCAGCCUGGUCUACAGAGCUAGGUCCAGGACAGGCUCCAAAGCCACAGAGAAACCCUGUCUUGAAAAAAACAAAAACAAA